UCAAAUGCUCGGCUCGCUCAGCUGAUUGUCUCCAGCCGAGAGUUGUUUUCUGCUGCUGCGGAGUCGAGCGGCGGCAGGAGGAGCCGAGCCCCCCGGGGGGAGGGGGAGGCGAGCCCGAGGGCAGCGGCGGCCACCGCGCGGGGCUGCGAGUCUUGUCACGGUGCUGCCCGGGGGCCGCAGGCUGGGGCGGGCGGGAGGUCCGGGGGAGUUUGGGCCGCUUCCUUCCCGCGCUCCCUUGCCGCUGCUCGCGUCCCCUCAUGAGGGUGUUAGUGUCGGGGCCGGCGCCAGCCGCGGUCCCCACGGCUGGCCGCGAACCCUUGACGCCCGGCGGGGGCGCCGUCGCGGCCUCGGGUGCCGCGGUGCCAGGCUCGGUGCAACUGGCGCUGAGCGUGCUGCACGCGCUGCUUUAUGCAGCGCUCUUCGCCUUUGCCUACCUGCAGCUGUGGCGGCUGCUCCUGUACCGCGAGCGGCGGCUCAGUUACCAGAGCCUCUGCCUCUUCCUCUGUCUCGCGUGGGCAGCGCUCAGGACCACGCUCUUCUCGGCCGCCUUCUCCCUCAGCGGCUCGCUGCCCGUGCUGCGGCCGCCCUCUCGCCUACACUUCUUCCCGCACUGGCUGCUCUACUGCUUCCCCUCCUGCCUCCAGUUCUCCACGCUCUGUCUCCUCAACCUCUACCUGGCAGAGGUUAUAUGUAAAGUCAGAUGUGCCACUGAACUUGACAAGCACAAAAUUCUACUGCACUUGGGCUUUAUACUGGCAAGCUUCCUCUUCUUAGCAGUGAACUUGACCUGUGCAAUGCUAGUCCAUGGAGAUGUCCCAGAAAAUCAGUUGAAAUGGACUGUGUUUGUUCGAGCAUUAAUUAAUGAUAGCUUGUUUAUUCUUUGUGCCAUCUCUUUAGUUAGUUACAUAUGCAAAAUUACAAAAAUGUCAUCAGCAAAUGUCUACCUCGAAUCAAAGGGCAUGUCUCUGUGCCAGACUGUCGUCGUCGGCUCUGUCGUCAUUCUUCUCUACUCCUCCAGAGCUUGCUACAACCUGGUAGUGAUCGCCAUAUCACAGGAUACGUUAGAGAGUCCGUUUAAUUAUGGCUGGGAUAAUCUUUCAGAUAAGGCUCGUGGAGAAGAUGGAAAUGGGGGAGACUACAUCGUCUUCGGAAUGGUCCUCUUUCUGUGGGAACACGUACCAGCGUGGUCAGUGGUACUGUUUUUCCGGGCACAGAGAUUAAACCAGAACCUGGCACCGGCUGGCAUGGUGAGCAGCCACAGCUACAGCUCCAGAGCUUUCUUUUUCGACAAUCCAAGACGGUAUGACAGUGAUGACGACUUGCCAAGGCUGGGGAGCUCACGAGAAGGAAGUUUAUCAAACUCGCAAAGUUUGGGCUGGUAUGGCACCAUGACUGGGUGUGGCAGCGGCACGUACACAGUGACCCCGCCGCUGAAUGGCCCUGUGACAGACACUGCUCCCUUGCUCUUCACAUGCAGUAACCUGGAUCUGAGGAGUCACCAUCGAUUCUACGUGACUCCACAGAACUGA